CAGCACAACAACGGAAACGGUCGCGCUGUGCGGGGAAUUUAAACCCGUUUUAUAAAUGUGAUCAUGUUUUGGAUUGUGAGUGUUUAGCGAGUCAUUCAGCAGAUAGAUAUAUAUGUGUAUGUAUGUGUGUGUGUUUGUGUGUUUAACUCGACUGUGAAUCUGCAGCAGCGGCGACAACAUGUCAACAAAGAGUCUGGCGAAGGAGCUGGGUCUGAUCAGGAAGCGCAGUCAAUCGUCUGCUGCUCAUCAGCGUCCGUCUGUGUGCAAGCAGCGCUUCUCAUUCCUGAUCGUCAUCGACUUUGAGUCCACGUGCUGGAGAGAGAAGAACAGCUUCGGCCAGGAGAUCAUUGAGUUUCCGGCCGUCCUGCUGAACGUGUCGAACGGAGAAGUGGAGUCGGAGUUUCACUCGUACGUGCAGCCGCAGGAACAUCCCGUACUGUCGGACUUCUGCACGGAGCUCACGGGCAUCACGCAGGAUCAGGUGGACUCCGCCCCUCCCCUCCACAUCUGUCUGUCCAGAUUCACUCGCUGGCUGCACGGCCUCCAGCAGGAGAGGGGCGUGGUCUUUGAGACGGACAGCCCGGGCCCCGCCCCGUCUGGACACCCCUGUGCGUUUGUCACAUGGUCAGACUGGGAUCUGGGAGUUUGUCUGCUGUACGAGUGCAAACGGAAGCAGCUGAGUGUUCCUGAACCUCUGAAGAGUUGGAUCGACCUGCGAGCCACAUACAGGCUCUUCUAUAACAGGAAGCCCAAAGGUCUGAGAGGAGCUCUGCUGGACCUCGGCAUCCAGUUCACAGGCAGAGAGCACUCGGGUGUGGUGGACGCGAGGAACACGGCUCUGCUGGCGUGGCGGAUGGUGUCUGACGGCUGUCUGCUGACCGUCACCAAGUCUCUGAGGCGGGCGCUGGUGAAGUCCAGACCUCCGUGUGGAAACGUCUCCGGCGAGCGUCCCGCGCGUCCCUCAGCGCUGAGUGAGCGUAAAGAACAGCAGACGAGUGUGUGUCGAUCGCUCGUGUCUCCACGCACCGUCCUCUCCAGCACACACACACCGCUGUGUGGCGCCGCGUCCAAACCACUGGGAAAUCUCAGCAACGGCACGCUGGCCGGGCUCUCUGACACGACCUACGACCCCGAGACUCCAGACGCCUGCUGGCGGGACGGAAUCCUGCUGACCGAGGAGGAGGAGCCUGGCUCCUAUGAUGAAGUGCCACUGGGGGCGGAGCCUGAACCCGCAGAACCCAACGAAACCACGUCAGACCUCUACAAACCCGUCAGACCGGCGUCCAGCUCCUCGAGUCUCUUUAAAACACCCAAACCGCUCCCGCGCACAGACCCGUACGGGCCGCUCUCACGCUUCUUAGGACGCGGCGGCGCGUCGUUCAACGUUUUUAAAGACCUGCCCGUCAGGAGCACGACCCCCGGCGUGUCCCGCCCCCCUCUGUCCUGCGCCGUCAAUCGCUCGUCUAAGAUCACGUCUCCUCUGUGCGGCUGCGGCCGGAGGGCCCGGCGUCUGACGGUGGGGAACGGGGGGCCGAACCACGGGCGCGUGUUUUACUGCUGCCCCAUCAGACGGCAGAGCUGCGACGGGCGACACAAGGGCUGCGACUUCUUCAAGUGGGAGUCUGGAUUAAUCCAGUCCAGCACACAGAACCACCUCAGAACACCAAAAACCUGCGUCUCGAGAUCCCUCCGGUGACUCCAGAACACUGUCCGUAUGAUUUUAAUGAACCUGUACAAGAAUUUAUUUAUUAUGUAUGAAUGAAAAGAAAACACAAGUAUUUUAUGACUUCUGUUAUGACAUUUGUAAUCUUAAACAUGAACUUGGACAUUUCUACCUCUGUUCUUUCUCUUUUAGGAGCGAAUCAACACAUGGUAUGAUGUUCCUCACAAAAGAUCUCAGAAUAGCAUAUUGCUUACAAAGGAUAUAAGAAAAGUGUACUGUGUACUAUGAAUUUAGACGCUUAAAAUGAAUUAUGUUGAGUUAUCAGAUACGGAGAAUGCUGUGUCUGUUUUUGUUCUGCAUUACAGCAUCAUGAUGAUGAUCUCAUGAAGUGUGUCUUUGAUUUUAAAAACCUGUAAAAUAAUAUUUAUAAUAAAUCACUUU